AUGAUUGAUCCAAUUGAUGAUCCUUCAAAUUUGAAACUUUAUCUACCAAAAACAGAAAACGCUAUUGUUGAUGCAUUUGAAAUGGCAGUUGCUUCCUUUCAAGUUGCAUCAAAAAUCGAAGGGGCAAAAUUUUAUAUUCCUCCGAAUGCAGAAAUAUUAAAUACAAAUAACACGAAACCUGAAGAUCCACCAUCAUUACAAACUAAUAAUGAAAAUUCUUUGGAUCAAUCCAAUAAUCUGCCAAAAUUUAACAUUUUAGAUAGAAGGCCAAUUGAUAAGCCAGUACAAAGUCAAGGACAAAAACCUCGUCCUGUCCUAAAAGAAAAGUCAAUGCAGAAAGAAAACAAAACAGAGAAAGAAAGAACAAAAUCACAAGACAAACAACAAAGCUCAAAAACUAACAAAUCAAACAGAGAAGAGAAGAAUACAGAUACAUCUGAUACAACAAAACCAAAUUAUCCAAACAAAUUAUAUAUUCCUUUGACGAACGCUUUUCCAUCAGAGCCACCAUCAAUGCAAUCACAUUCAAUAGAUCAGCAAAUUACAUUUCCUCCUCCGAUUCCUGUUGAAACAGAUCCGAUACGAAAUCAUAUGCUUCACGCCUGGUAUUGGGCUGGAUACUAUACUGGUUUAGCAGAUGCACAACGAAAUCAAAAUAAUUUACCUCCAAAAUAA